AUCACUGGCAACUGGAAUGGAAAUUGGAAUGGGAAUUGGCCAUGCAAUUUCCCGAACUGUAACAACCAACAAAUCAUCCCUGGUCAAGGUUCCCACAUCUCCAUCUCCGGUGUCUCACAAAGCAUGAGCGUCAGUAGCCAAACAAUGGAGGCAAUCAUUGAGCAGAAGAGCAACCGCAUUUCCUGGAAAACCAUCUGGAACUACAACACCGGUAUCAUUGCAACAAAAGUGAUGCAAACGAGAACGUGCUACAUUUCCACCAUGAACAGGAGUGAGAUGCCCACCUUUGCUGCACUGGUCAGAGUGGCUGCAGAGAGGAGGAACCUGAUCAACCUUGGAAGACCCAGCAGGAGGAUCACCUUUGUCACCAACGGGUUGGUCAGCAACCUCAGCUCCUACGGGGCACACGUCUUCUCCAUGUGCAGUGGGCUCCCCACCUACAGGGCUCAGGAGGUUCAGGUCCUCCUUGGACUGGUCCUGAAUCCAGCCCUUGCUGAUCAGCAUCAACAGACUGAAGUGAGCAAGAAAAUCUCCAUUGGUGGAGCCUACCAAAUUCUGACCAUCAAUAGGAAAUGGCUCGUGGCAAGCAUUGAGCAGAAGAGCAACCAUGGAUCCUGGAAAACCAUCUGGAACUAUGACACAGGCUUUAUGGCCACCAAAGUGCUGCCAGAGAGAGCUUGCUACCUUUCCAUAAUGAACAGAACAGAGAUGCCCAGCUUUGAUGCUCUCCCCCAGCUGGCUGCAGACAUCAGGAACCAGAAUCAUCCAAGAGCCCCUACAAAGGAGAUCACGUUCACCCUCGUCAGGAGAAUUAUUCGUGACCUCGGUUCAUACGGACCAGACAUUUUCUAUACAUGCAGGGGACUCUCAACUUACGUGGCUUACCAAGUUCAGGGACCAGAGUUCAGCCUGGGAUCGUGCAUCAAACUCGAUGCCCUUCAGUACCUGGCCCUCACGUACUGCCACAAUGACAACUCUGUGUAA